CGCCGAUAGCGGCCGCCCGGCCCGGCGGUCAGGGGGCCGUCGCCGCACCCCAGUUCACCUGCGACACCCGUAGUGAUCCCUCAUAGAGCGCGAGCCGACCGGUACCAGAGUGCAGAGAUCUCUAGCGCUGAGGAAGGAACGUCCAUACCGCCACCAUGCCGUCUGUCUAUCUGGGAAACUUGACGCGCCUGCCAGCCUUCAUGAAGCUUGGAGAGAUCAUCAUCUUCCUGAUAGUGAUUAUAAUGGUGGAGGUUGGCAAGGUGUUGGCUCCUUACCAUGCCGGAGCCCUCCUUUACGGCAUUGUCAUCGGCUACAUGAUCGUGUACCUGAUUCUGAUCAUCUGCUAUCUGAUUGGAGAGACCACCACGCAGCACACCACGUUUGAGCUGCUACUGAACGGAAUUGGCAGCAUCCUCUUCCUAUCUCUCAGCAUCAAGCUCAUCGCUUACGGAGCCGACCUGCGCGGUUCUUGGUCAACUCAGACCAUCGUGGUGGGCGUCUUCCUUCUGAUGGUGGUGCCGUGUCAGUUAGUGGACGCUGUGUUCAAUUUCAAAUCGAGGAGCACUUAAUUCGGCGAGUCACGAGCUGUGGAUCAUACAUCGAUUCCGGCAGUGAUAACUGCGCAGAAAAAAAGAAACAGGGUAGCCGUCAGAUGGCAGAUAGGCCUAACACAAAUGCAACCACCAUAGCUCAUCGGCUCAUUAUGUCAUGUUGAGAAAAUGUCUGUCGGAAAAAAUAAAAGGUAUCGAACAAA